GGAGAAGUGUGCACCAUGAUCAACAAGAAGUACAGUGAGUUCCUGCCCAGCAUGCAGAGUGCAGAGGACCUGGUGUUGCAGGUGGAGAGGCUGAGCACCAACAUCGACCUGCUCAAGGCUGGGAUCGAGAAUGAGGUCCAGCGAGAUCUGAAUGUUGCUGUUGCUGAGUUUACUGAGUUGAAGCAGCAGCUGGAGCGAGACACUCUGGUGCUCAGUGUCCUGAAGAAGCUGCAGGAGUUUGAUACAGCUAUUAAGGAAUACAACACUGCCCUGCUGGAAAAGAAGUAUGUUGUAGCAGCUCAGCAGCUGGAAAAGGCACGGAGCAGCCUGAAGGUGCUGGAAUCGCGCAAGGGCUUCGAGCUGAAGAUUCUGAAGGCACUGGGCACAGAGCUCACAGUGCAGACACAGAACAUACUCUACCAUCUGGGGGAAGAGUGGCAGAAGCUGAUUGUGUGGAAGCUUCCUCCUUCCAAAGAGAGCAGCAGCCUGGAGGCUGUGCUGCACUCAGAGCUGCACCUGCACACGGUGCUGCCGCCGGAGGAGGAGGCUGCAGGCCCCGCUGUCUCUGCCCUGCUGCAGGCCUUUGCUGUGCUGGGAGAGCUGCACUCCAAGCUCAGAAGCUUUGGCCAGUUGUUGCUGAAGUACAUCCUCAAGCCUCUGAUUUCAUACCCAUCUCUGCAGCCACUCACCGAGGAGCAGCCAGACGUUUUCAUCCUGAAAUUUAAAUCUGAGAAGCCUACCUUGGAUCAGUCCUCUCCUGUGAAGGUUUUUGACAAGAUCAGGCUUGUUUUUGAACUUCUCCACAAAUAUCUUCCAAAUGUGCCUCUGGAGCAGCCCGAGGAGGGCAGGAGGGAUGGCAGAGUCACACUGGCAGAGCUGCUGGGGGAUCUCAUCUGGGCGGAGCUGUCAGACUGCCUCAUUCAGAACUGCCUGGUCAACUCCAUCCCAACCAACAGCAGCAAACUGGAGCAGUAUAUAGAGGUGAUUAAAUCCACAGAGGAGUUUGAAAAGGCCCUGAAGAAGAUGCAGUUCUUGAAGGGAGACAGCACCGACUUGCUGAAAUACGCUCGGAACGUCAACUCCCACUUUGCUAACAAGAAGUGUCAGGAUGUGGUUGUGGCAGCCAGAAACUUGAUGACCUCAGAAAUCCACAACACUGUAAAGAUCACACCUGACUCCUGUGUCACCCUACCAAAGCUCCCUGAUCCCAAGGCAGGAGAUCACUUAACGGUGCAAAAACCUCCCAACCUGCUGCACAGUGGCACAGUGAACCUGGGGAGUGAGGGCAGACUGAGCCAGCACACCUUCUCCCUGCCAACCUGUCGUAUCAGCUCAUCCGUGGAGCAGCUGAUGGAACUGGCUUACCAGACACUGUCAGAGGCCACAGCCAGCAUGGACCAGUGCUGUGUACAGCUCUUCUACUCCGUCAGGAACAUCUUCCAGCUCUUCUAUGAUGUGGUGCCAACAUACCACAAGGAGAGCCUGCAGAAGUUCCCCCAGCUGGCAGCAAUUCACCACAACAACUGCAUGUACAUCGCUCACCACCUGCUCACCCUGGGCCACCAGUUCCACUACCGCAUGACCCACAUCGUGUGCAACGGCACAGCCACCUUCGUGGACAUGGUGCCUGGCUUCAGGAGGCUGGGGAUGGAGUGUUUCCUGGCCCAGAUGCGAGUGCAGAAGGGAGAAAUCCUGGAGAGACUCUCCAGUGCCAGGAAUUUCUCUAACAUGGAUGAUGAGGAGAAUUUCCAGGCAGCAAACAAAGCCAUAAGGCAGGUGUUGCAUCAGCUGAAGAGACUGGGCAAGGUGUGGCAGGAUGUCCUUCCAGUGAACGUGUACUGCAAGGCCAUGGGGACCUUACUGAACACAGCCCUGACAGAGAUUGUCACCAGGAUUGCUGCCCUGGAGGACAUCUCUGCAGAAGAUGCAGACAGGCUGUACUCACUCUGCAGGAUCAUGGUGGAGGAAGGACCCCAAGUCUUCACUCCCCUCCUUGAAGAAGACCAAAAUAAGAAAUACCAAGAGGAGGUUCCAAUCUAUGUGCAGAAGUGGAUGAUGUUCAAGGAGCUGAUGAUCAUCUUGCAAGCAAACCUGCAAGAAAUAGUAGAUCAGUGGGCAGAUGGGAAGGGGCCCCUGGCAGCUGAGUUCUCAGCAGCUGAAGUGAGGAGCCUGAUCCGAGCCCUGUUCCAGAACACAGAGAGGAGAGCAGCAGCACUGGCCAAGAUCAAAUAA